AUGCAGUCCACCGCCAACAUGGUUCCUGCCGCCGCCUCCAGCAAGCCCGCCGACGAGGCGUCGUCCUCAUCGUCGCCGGUGAAGGCGGUGCAAGUCGAUAGCCAGGAGAAGCCGCAGCAGAAGCAGACGACGACACCCAAGAAGAAGGCGGAUAGCUCCAUGCGAUACCCCUUUUGGUUCGGAGGCAGCGCCAGUAGUAUGGCCGCCUGCGUAACACAUCCCCUGGAUCUGGGUACGCAUGCGCCCGAACAACACCACCAGCACACAAUCACGAACACCCCAAUUGCCGUCCGCCUGCAAGUCCGCCGUCCCGACGCGCCAAAGAACAUGGUCGGCACAUUCGCCCACAUCGUCCGCAACCACGGCAUCACAGGCCUCUACAACGGCCUCUCCGCCUCCCUCCUCCGCCAGAUGACCUACUCCACCGUCCGUUUCGGCGCCUACGAGGAGAUGAAGGUCCGCGCGACCCGCAAGAACAACGGCAAAGCCCCGGCCUUCCCCGUCCUCGUCGCCAUGGCCUCCGCCUCGGGCUUCGUCGGCGGCAUCUCGGGCAACGCCGCCGACGUGCUCAACGUGCGCAUGCAGCAGGACGCCGCCCUGCCCGCCGCCGAGCGCCGCAACUACAACCACGCCCUCGAGGGCAUGCUGCGCAUGGCGCGCGAGGAGGGCAUCAUGAGCUGGUUCCGCGGCGUGCUGCCCAACAGCAUGCGCGCCGCCGCCAUGACGGCCUCCCAGCUCGCGUCAUACGACACCUUCAAGGGCAUGCUCAUCAGGCACACGCCCAUGGGCGACAACCUCACCACCCAUUUCACGGCGAGCUUCCUCGCGGGUGUUAUGGCCGCGACGGUCACCAGCCCGAUCGACGUCAUCAAGACCCGCGUCAUGUCCGCAACCACGCAGGAGGGGCUGGCGCACACCCUGGCCAAGAUUUACAAGGCAGAGGGCCUGGGUUGGAUGUUCAAGGGCUGGGUACCUAGUUUUUUAAGGCUUGGACCCCAAACCAUCUGUACAUUCGUCUUCCUAGAAAUGCACCGCAAGGUCUAUAGAGCGGUGACUGACGUUGGCGGCGAGGAAGCCAUCUAG